CUCGUCGCCGCAGUACUUGACUCAACCGUUCAAGCACCUCAUUCCUCAGUUCAAACUCCUCAGUUCAAACAGACAACAUGAAGUUCACCACUCUUUCCGCUACCCUCCUCACUCUCGGCCUUGGAGCUGAUAUAGCUGCCGCCGCGUGCUGCGACGUCAAAGUCUGUGAUGACUUUAACCUCAAGGGCAAUUGCAAGAAUGAUUGCUACCCUUAUCUCAAGACGGUCAAUAUCAACAAAAGCGGACUUCGCUCAUCAAUCGCUUCUGGGAAGACUGACAAGGACUGCUUUUGUACCUUCGGCAAGGACAGUCAAUCCUGCAUGUUAGUCGAUGACAAGAGCAAAAACGCCCCUAAUCAUUGCCUUACCGGUAUCAACAAAUUGUACUGCUCACGUAAUUAAAGUUAACUCAGUUGAGCCAACUUCAUCUUGAGAAAUCAUUAAGGGAGAUGCAAUGACUCAGACGUAUUGAGGUGCAUGUUGGGGGUUUAGAAGAGACUGAUCUCCGCUUAAAUUUGAUACAACUAAACAAAAGACAAAGUUGAUUUGUAUGAGCUUAGGCUUCAAGAAUAACUAUUGUCCCUGACUUU